UGUCUCUCUCUCUCUCUGUCUGUCUCUCUCUCUGUCUGUGUGAUGCGAUGCGGGCGGCGCUGCUCAUCCAGAGCUGGUAUCAUCAGUAUGUGGUGCGGCUGGAGAUGAGACGCCGCUGCACCUGGAACAUCUUUCAGUCGAUAGAGUAUUCUGGACAACAGGAUCAUAUCAAGCUGUAUAAUUUCUUUGGUUACCUGAUGGAUCAUUUCAGUUCUGCCAACAGCCGAAGCAAUCUGGUCUCUCAGAUGUUUGGCGAGAGCGAGGUGUCUCAGGACGCGGAGUGGGAGAGACGCUUCUGUUAUAAGCACAUUGAGGUUCCAGACGUCUACACCGGCCCGCAUCUCUCUUUCCCACUGAGCAUCUCCAACGUCACGGAGCUGGUGCACGCCUUCAAAAACAAACAAGUACAAUUAUUCCUGUCAAAGCAGCUUCAUUUACAUGUUACAAAAUAUAUUCCACCUUCAGCUGUAAGUGGUAUUACUGGAAAGUGGGAGUGUAUAGGAACAGCAGCCACAAGCCCACAUAAAGUCACAGAGUGGCUCACCGAGUGCUGGGGCUCAUGUUGUGUAAAAGUCACCAACGCUCCGCUGAUUCCAGAGCUGAAGAGGAUCUCCAGCAGAACGUUACCUGCCUGA